AUGGAAGGAAACGUUAAAUAUGUGAACGUUGAUAAGAAAGGUAGAUAUUGCAUUUCAUUAAACAAAAAUUCCCAAUACCAAGAACCUUACAAAGUUGAACUUAUCAUUGGUGAGCAGAUUAAUCCUAUUGAUAUUGACGAAACGCUAUUUUAUAGCCGCAUAGAAGCUACAUUUGGGGCAUUGAUUCUUGUUUUAUUUGUUGUUAUGUAUAAAAUCAAAAGAUUUGGUGAUUUGUCAUCGAUAUCCAAAAGGCUAUAUUUCCUGGUGUUUUUAACGUUUGUUUUUCAUUUAUUUCAAUCAUUCAACUCCAACCCAAUUAAGAGUAUGUUUUUUGCGGACACGAUCGGCAUGGUUGUGUCUGGAUGGAGCAUGUAUGUGUCUACAAGUAUUUACUUUGGAAGCGGAUACAAGAACACUAAGAAACUAAUUACUUCAACUGCUGCCAAUGUUCUAAUGUUCAUGCUACUUCUGGGUUCACUCGCCAUAAUUUUUCAAAACCCAUGGUGGUCAUCGGCAACUGUUAGGAAAAAAGUUGAUAUCAAUGGUGAUGUUCAAGAAGUAUACCUAUUUGCAACAAAUAACAAGAGAUUUGAAAAUUCGUACAUCGAAUCAAUUGUGUUUGGCAUAUCAAUUGCACAUACCGCACUUCAAUGUUUAAGUAGCUUUCUUCUGUAUAUCUACGGCUAUAUCAUCUACACCCAUUUGCAAGAAAGUGGACAAACCACAAACGCCAUGUUAAUGAAGAGAACAUUGUUAUAUGAUGGUGUAAGUCGUCCAAUAUUUUGGAUAAUUUUUGGUUUCUUCACUACUAAACAUACGUUUUUCCUCUUAUCGCUCGAAGAUUACACUUCAAUAGUGGUAUUGUGGUGUAUUUGGUAUUCUAAGAGGCCGCAUGUGGUUGCGGAGAAGACUGGUACUUAA